ACUUUUACAAGAGGUUUGGGCGCUGAAAGACUUUUUGUGGCCUUAUUUAACACACUUUUGACUCAGUUUUUGGAGUGAUGAUCUACUGGUCUGUUCAGAGAUUUUUUUAUGAUCAAAACUGGACGAAGAUUUUUAUUCUUUAGUUCCUAUGCCGAAAUUCUUCCAGAGUUGAAUAUCAUCUGACAUAAGAAAAUGAGAGCAGCGUGGAGGGUCUUCUUUCUUCUGUGCGUCCAUCUGCAACUGGCGUAUGUGUUUUCCAUGAGCCCAGCUCAUGCCCAUGCGGAAGAAAGACUCCUCCAGUCUUUGUUCAUCAACUACAACAAGCUUUCACGUCCAGUAGCAAACAUCUCUGAUGUGGUUCUGGUCCAUUUCGGCUUGUCCAUUGCUCAGCUCAUUGAUGUGGAUGAGAAGAAUCAGAUGAUGACCACAAAUGUCUGGGUGAAGCAGGAGUGGAACGACUACAAGCUGCGCUGGAACCCAGAGGAGUAUGAGAAUGUCACCUCCAUCAGGAUCCCCUCUGAGAUCAUCUGGAGACCGGAUAUUGUGCUCUAUAACAACGCGGACGGAGACUUUGCGGUGACUCACUUGACAAAAGCUCAGGUGUUUUACAACGGGAGAAUCAAAUGGAAACCUCCCGCCAUCUAUAAAAGCUCCUGCAGCAUCGAUGUCACCUUCUUCCCCUUUGACCAACAAAACUGCAAGAUGAAAUUCGGCUCUUGGACGUACGACAGGGCCAAGAUUGACCUGAUCAGCAUGGCCAGUGACGUAGACCAGAUGGACUACUGGGAAAGUGGCGAAUGGGUGAUAAUAAAUGCAGUUGGCACCUACAACAUCAAGAAAUACGAGUGCUGCACUGAAAUCUACCCAGAUAUCACCUACUCUUUCAUCAUCAGACGCCUUCCUUUGUUCUACACCAUCAAUCUCAUCAUCCCCUGCCUGCUAAUCUCCUGCCUGACAGUCCUGGUCUUCUACCUCCCCUCAGAAUGUGCUGAGAAAAUCACGCUGUGUAUAUCUGUCCUCCUAUCCCUGACUGUCUUCCUCCUGCUAAUCACCGAAAUUAUCCCUUCAACCUCAUUGGUCAUCCCACUGAUUGGCGAGUACCUACUGUUCACCAUGAUCUUCGUCACUCUGUCCAUCAUCAUCACGGUGUUUGUACUCAACGUGCACCACCGUUCGUCUCGUACGCACAGCAUGCCACACUGGGUCCGUCAGCUAUUUCUCCACCUGGUGCCUCGUUACCUGUUCAUGAAACGUCCACCAGCCUCGGGCAAGAGAAACUGCGGGAAGCUGAUUGAGAUGAUGCACAAACAGGCUAAUUCGCAAUCUAUGUUUCUGCGGAACAACAUCCUGGAUAUCUCUCCGCAAAGUCCGAUCCCGCAUUUGGGACCUACUUCAGCUGCCCAGCAGGAUCAAGUUCAGCAGGACUCAACUUCCCCCAAACCCCUGUUUUUCUGCAGUUCCCCCAGCAGCCAGUAUUCAAUCCUUCAAGAGGAAAACUCACAAACCCCCCAAACACCAGUUCUCAGCUACACAUGCGCAUAUACAAACAGCAUCUUCGCCUCCAGCACAACUUCCUUUCCAGAUACUCUCCUUGGCACCCUGCUGCACACCAUACCGCAGGACGGAGCCAAGAGCACAGAAUGCGAUUUCCAAGGCCACAGUGCUGAGAGUGUCUUCAUGGAAGCCAAGGAGAGUGUUCUGGGAGCAGGGAGUUGUCAACACUGCCUUACGUCUGAAGGGACGAGUCUGCAGAAGCUUGAUCUCGAUGAGGCAGGGAGGUGUACCAGACAUAACAUGCCCAGCGCUCAGAUCUUCAGCCCCAGCAGUGACGGCUCCACUGAUCUGAAUGCAGCAGAGCCAGUCAGCAAUCUGUCUCAGUCCCUGCUCAAAGCCUUGGAAGGAGUUCAGUACAUCGCUGACCAUCUCAGAGCCGAGGAUUCAGACUUUUCAGUGAGGGAAGACUGGAAAUAUGUUGCCAUGGUGAUUGAUAGAAUAUUCCUCUGGAUGUUUGUGCUGGUGUGCAUUUUGGGGACCGUCGGACUGUUCCUCCCUCCGUGGCUCGCUGGGAUGAUCUAGAACAUCAUGCGGAGUCUUUAACUGGCCUUGUCAAUCACACUUGACUGCAGUGACCUCAUUAAACAUCCGCUGGCAUGGAAAUUAAGUGAUGUUUAAUGUCAGUGCUUUUUUUUAUGUAACAGGAAGUUAUUUAUGGGAUUCUGUUUUGGGUUAAAUGUGAGUUGAUGAUUAAUUAAAUGAAAAUUGAUG